AGUGGAGUCCGCAUAGGUCUCGUGCUUUGAAAAGUAGCAGGCUUUUGUACAAUUUCAAGCGGUUUGGUCUCUCGUAUGCCGUGUUCUCGUUGUCCUUCUUGUUUAUGAACUCGAGGGAACACAAGAAUGAUAACUUAAAUGUUUUAAGUGUGAACGUUAUAACGUGCUGUUAGUCAUUAUUAGCUUAGCAGUUAGCAGCAAUGACAGCCAGACAGAAGUUCUCGUUUGUUGUCGUGGGAGGAGGCAUCGCCGGAGUGACGUGUGUGGAGCAGUUGUCAUCACAGGUUCCGUCCGCAGACGUAGCCCUGAUCACUGCGGGUCAGCAUGUCAAGACUGUGACCAACUAUAAACAGGUGUCUAAGACGCUGGAAGAAUUUAAUGUGGAGGAGCAAGCAUCCAGUGUGCUGGAAAAAAAGUACCCCAAUCUCACUAUUGUUCACUCUGCUGUGCAGUCACUGCACACACAAUCACAUACUGUAGAGACUGUGGAUGGACGAAUCUUCCAUUACGAGAAGUUGUGUAUCUGCAGCGGUGCCAGGCCCAAACUCCUGACGGUGAACAACGCAUAUGUGCUGGGAAUACGAGACACUGAUAGCGCCCAGGAGUUUCAGAAGCGCUUGUCUGAAGCCAGGAGGAUUGUUGUUGUGGGAAAUGGUGGAAUCGCCUUAGAACUAGUGUUUGAAGUGGAGGGCUGCGAGGUAAUCUGGGCUGUGAAGGACAAAGCUAUAGGAAACACCUUCUUCGACGCAGGAGCGGCUCAGUUCCUCAUUCCUUCGCUGGAUGCAAGCAAACCACAGACGGUGAUCCCCUGCAAGAGGCCUCGGUAUACCACUGAGGAAGCUUCUGUUGGGGCGUCCCACACCUUCACAGCCGACAGGAACUUAAGAGGACGUGGAACUGGACCAACGGAGUCUGGAAGUGCUCUAGGACCAGACUGGCAUGAAGGAAUCACCCUGAAAGGAGCGCAAGAGGUGUCCCGCAGAGUCUCCGUGGAGUAUGAGUGUGAGGUGGAAAAGAUCAUCUCCACUGACGAGGCCCUCAACUGUUCUCCACAAACUGAAACCAGUGGAUCAUGGCCUGUUUCUGUCCAGCUCACCAAUGGGAAGACUUUUGGCUGUGACUUUGUGGUCAGCGCCACCGGAGUUAUUCCCAAUACAGAUCCUUUUCUCCAUGGCAACAAUUUUCUUCUGGCAGCUGAUGGUGGCCUAAGGGUGGAUGACCACAUGAUGACAUCAGAGCCUGACGUGUUUGCAGCUGGGGAUGUGUGCACUGCAUGCUGGGAACACAGUCCUCUGUGGCAGCAGAUGCGUCUGUGGACACAGGCCCGUCAGAUGGGCUGGUACGCAGCACGUUGCAUGGUGGCUCAGGUUCAGUCAGAACCAAUUGAACUGGACUUCUGUUUCGAGCUCUUUGCCCACAUCACUAAGUUCUUCAACUAUAAAGUGGUUCUGCUGGGGAAGUUUAACGGGCAGGGACUGGGCUCUGACUACGAGCUGUUGGUGCGUUGCACCAAAGGACAGGAGUAUGUGAAGGUGAUCCUCCAUAGAGGACGCAUGGUAGGCGCGGUUUUGAUCGGGGAAACAGACCUUGAGGAGACGUUUGAGAACCUGAUACUGAACCAGAUGGACCUCACGCCGUAUGGAGAGGAUCUGCUCAACCCUGAUGUGGAUAUAGAGGACUAUUUCGACUGAGCGUUGAACUUUUAUUAAGUCUGUCGUCAAUCAUAAACGGAAUGUGAGAUAAGGCUUGUAAAAUGUGUGCUUGUGUUUUCAACUUGGCUCGCUAACAGACCUGUGAGAAGUGGAACUAGUGCCAGAGGUUAUCUCAGGUGAUUUCACAGGAAUUAAAGAGGAAAGAUGUGGAUCCUGCUGGCCUGGUCUCAAGAAUCCCAACAGGGGUGAAAUUAAAUCUCUCAACACAAAUGAGAAACAUGUGCGAGUAUGUUAAGCUUUCAUGCUGAACAAUCACACUCACUCGCACACACUUGUUGCUAUGCUGCGUUGAUCAUAUUUCGACCUAAAUAGCAACCAGAGCUCUUGUGCCUCAGCAGGCGUCUUGACGACGCUUGUCAGUGUCUAUUGUUGCAUCUCUCUUGAGAAACUGCUGGUGUUAAAAAAAUGUCGUCCCUCUGGGAAAAUGGAGCUGGCACUGAGGAUUGAGUUGGACUAACCAAUGAAAUAUUCCCAACUAUGUUUCCUGCUGUUCAUUGAUAAGUAUAUAUGUCACAACACAUUUUAGUUAUUUCUAAAUACCUCAUUUCAGUGUGCAAAGUUAUGAUUUUGGUGCAUUCUUGGCAUGAUAACUAUGCAUUUUUGUCCACUUACCCAAGGUCAGAUUGUGGCGGCGUACAGCAUACAAGGUUUUGUCUGGGCAAAACUGAUAUGUGCAUACAACAAAAUGCUCUGGAAGAGAAAUAAAAGGCAGCAGGAGUAUGUGUGUGAAUGAGAAGGAGGACGAGGCUGUGAAAACAGUUCAAGUAUUUGCGAACAAUCAUUAAUCCUCUAACUAGGAAAUUAAAUUACACUGCUCACUCCAUGCCAGGAACAAUUUGCUUAAGGACAAGCAGUAGGUAUUAGGAAGCAAUCCAGUGACCCCUUUAUCUUGAGAUAUCUAUUCAAACUCUGCCACAUGGCCCAUCCAACAGCACAGGCACUGUAAUACAAUAACAGUAUUGUGAGUGGGUUUUAUCUUGCAUUUGUUCUCAUAUGCACAUGAAUAAAUCGAAUUAAAGUGGGUCAGAAGAUAAAAAUGAACAUUGCUAGCACAAUAAAAGAAUGGAGAGAUGACACCUUCGUU